AUGACGAUCGGCGGCGCCGACGACGGCGCCGGCAUCGGAGCGAAGAAGCAGAGGGUGGAUGAGCAAGGGGACGGAAGCGAGGCCGUGGGUGCGGAUCCGAUCCCGGUGGACCGCAUCUCGGCGCUGCCGGACGACCUGCGGCGGCGCAUCCUGACGCACCUCGCCCUCAAGGAGGCCAUCCGCACAGGGGCACUCGCGCGCGGGUGGCGCGACCUGUGGGACCGCGGCUCCGUCGAGGUGUGCCUCCGCUCCCGCAACGACCCACGGAGGGAGCUGGGCGCGUUGGAGCAGGAGCCGCCACCGCGCCUCCGCAUGGACCGUUUCUCCCUCGUCGCCGAGACCUCCUGGCUCAAGUCCUCGGAGCUCAAGCGCUUCAUCAGGUACGCCGCAGAUUGCCGCGUCGAGGAUCUCCACGUCGAGACGAGGAAGAGCAGCAAGAACAAGCUCAACUUCCACCUGCCACUGUCGAGCCGGACCCUCGUGUGCCUCUCGCUCCGCCGCAUCAGCAUCUCCAACAUGUACUACAGGGGCGCCCGGCCGUUCCGCGCUCUCGAGGCAAUCCGGCUCUACUCAGUCUCCAUUAAGGUGGGUUUCACAACGAUGAUGGAGCUGUGCCCUAGCCUCGUCACUCUCGACCUGCGCGGCUGCGACAUCCGCUGUGACAUCCGCUGCGACCGCGGCACACGCUUAUUGUUAGUGCCGCGGACCGUCAAGAGUGUCACCGUUGCGGAGUGCGACGGGUAUUCCAAAAUGUGGCUGAUGCUCGCGCGUAACCUCCGCUCCUUCCGCUACAGUGGCGACGUCUGCCGCGGUCUCUUCUACCUUCCAUGGGAGGGCAGCGUGCUUGCUGAUCUCUAUAUUCGGUCUACCAACCUGCUAGUUGCAUCGUAUUCCUUGCCAAGUAAUGGUGUCACGUUGCCUAGUCGCAACUUAAACAGUUUGAGAGAGCUGCAACUGCUCAUGUUAGACAUGGAAGCUGUCAACCUAGCUGACCUCUACGUGUUCCCCAAGACCUGUCGAUGUCCUAAUCUGGAAAGGCUCUUUGUGCAGCUCCCGUCCUUCAGUAAUGAGCCCGUGGAAGGUCCUAUUGAUGAGGUGAGGGAAGAGCCACCUCAGGAUGGCUUUGACGACCUUGUGAUGGUAAAGGUCAUGAACUUCAAUUGGCGCCCUACUGAGGUGCAACUAAGUGUUAAUGCUCGCAAAGUAAAAAAUCAUGUAUUCCAGUUCCAAAAAAGCUUUGAGAACUUCCAUUAUUCUAGUGGUUUGGGAGAUAUGGAAAGAAAGAAAUCAAAGAGUGCUCUAGCACAAAGAGCUAUCUGCCAUUUUGCUCUUUGA